AUGUCGUCUUUAUUGACCCUAUUUCUGACGGUGGUUUUCGUUUCGGAAUGGUGCGGCGCGUACAAGAUGGUCAUCUUUGUUCCCGACAUCGCCAAUAGUCAGGUCAUUUUCAGCAGUCGGGUGGCGGAAACGCUGGCAAAAGCUGGUCAUGACGUUACAAUGGUACUGAUCACAGGAUACUCUGAAAGCGACUCAAGCAAAGUGAAAAUCAUGAAGGAGGUUUCAAGUAGGUUAGAAAAGAGAUUCCUAGCCAUACUCCUUCUGGUGGUAGUGCAGUAA